UGAGCCGGAGCCCCACCCAGUGCGGCCCGCGCAGGACGCUGAGCGCCGCGGCCGCCGAGCGCGCCGGCGCCGGGCCAUGUAUUCGGGGAACCGGAGCGGCGGCCAGGGCCACUGGGAGGGCGGCGGGGCCGCGGGCGCCGAGGGGCCGGGACCCGCGGGGACGCUGAGCCCCGCGCCGGUCUUCAGCCCGGGCACCUACGAGCGCCUGGCGCUGCUGCUCGGCUCGAUCGGGCUGCUGGGCGUCGGCAACAACCUGCUGGUGCUCGUCGUCUACUACCGGUUCCCGCGGCUCCGCUCUCCCACCCGCCUCUUGCUCGUCAACAUCAGCCUCAGCGACCUGCUGGUGUCCCUCUUCGGGGUCACCUUUACCUUCGUGUCCUGCCUGAGGAACGGCUGGGUCUGGGACACCGUGGGCUGCGUGUGGGACGGGUUUAGCGGCAGCCUCUUCGGGAUCGUUUCCAUUACCACCCUAACUGUGCUGGCCUAUGAACGUUAUAUUCGUGUGGUCCAUGCCAGAGUGAUCAAUUUUUCCUGGGCCUGGAGGGCCAUUACCUACAUCUGGCUGUACUCACUGGCAUGGUCAGGAGCACCUCUGCUGGGCUGGAACAGGUAUAUCCUGGAUGUACAUGGACUAGGCUGCGCUGUGGACUGGAAAUCCAAGAAUGCCAAUGACUCCUCCUUUGUGCUUUUCUUAUUUCUUGGCUGCCUGGUGGUGCCUGUGGGCGUCAUAGCCCAUUGCUAUGGCCAUAUUCUGUAUUCUGUUCGCAUGCUUCGAUGUGUUGAAGAUCUUCAGACAAUUCAAGUGAUUAAGAUUUUAAGAUAUGAAAAGAAAGUGGCCAAAAUGUGCUUUUUAAUGAUAUCUACCUUCCUGAUCUUUUGGAUGCCUUAUAUUGUGAUCUGUUUCUUGGUGGUUAAUGGUUAUGGACACCUGGUUACUCCAACAGUAUCAAUUGUUUCAUAUCUCUUUGCUAAAUCAAGCACUGUAUAUAAUCCCAUUAUUUAUAUCUUCAUGAUCAGAAAGUUUCGAAGAUCCCUUUUGCAACUGCUAUGUUUCCGACUGCUGAGAUGCCAGAGGCCUGCUGAGGACCUACCAGCCAAUGAGAGUGAAAUGCAGAUCAGACCCAUUGUGAUGUCACAAAAAGAUGGAGACAGGCCAAAGAAAAAAGUGACUUUUAAUUCUUCUUCCAUCAUUUUUAUCAUCACCAGUGAUGAAUCACUGUCAGUUGAAGACAGUGACAAAGCCAGUGGGUCAAAAGUUGAUGUAAUCCAAGUCCGUCCUUUAUAGGAAGGAAUAAUGGUAAUGAAAGAUGAGGACUUGUAUUGGACGCCACUUUUAGGCUUCCAUCAUAAGGACUGUUUUGGAAUCCUCAUUCUAUGUUAAUAUUGUUGGAGAGGAAAAACUUUCCUCUGCCCUACAAGAUUCUUCUGGCUGGUCUAGGAAUUAAAUUGACAUGAGACAGAUUAACAGGAAAAAAAAAACCCACAAAGUUUAAUUCUGUGUGCAAGGAGGCCAAGUAAUAAAAUUGCAACCCAAAGAAAUGAGCAAGGCAUGUAGCUUUUAUACAUUUUAGACAAAGAAACAUUGAUCUAUAAGGAAUUGACAGGACAAAUAAAACUUAUGUUUGGGACCUUCGAUUAGUAGAGUUCUAGACAGAAUUUGGGCUGGGGUAGUUGUUCAGUAAAAGUAACAAGGUUUGUUGAUGUAGGCUUCUUCAGCCUUCAAUUCUCUGUGAUGAUAAGGAUGCCCCUUUACCUCCUGGUGCAGGGAGGUACCUUUCAUGUGAGUGGUUUCCUGCUUUCAGGGGAACAAAGAAAGGUCAGAGCAUCUUUUUUGCACUUGCUGUUUCUUACGUAACUUUAA